AUGUUGAACAGCGUCACAAACUUCCACAACACUCGCUCGGCGCAUCCAUCUCCUUCGAUCCCGAUGAACUCAGCGAUUGAUUGCUGUAGGCACGCAGGCUUAGUGAAUAUUGUCGAACGGUUCAGGUCCAUCGUGGGAUCUGAUGUUAUUGACGACCUCCAGCGACGCGUACGCAUAUUUUGUCUAGUCCUCACGACUCCCGAAAACAAGGAAAGGGCGAUGGCCGUCAAGAACACAUGGGUUUCCCGGUGCAGUGGACAUAUCUACGUGAGUAGUACGGCGAAUUCUUCUUUGCCAGCAAUCGGUGAGUCGGACAGCUACGGUCUGCAUAUAAGUAAUGAGCAACCGCAUUUUGUCUUACAUACUGGGUGGAACACAGUAAAAGCAUUGGUUUACGCAUUUUAUGCCGACCAACAUAACAACAACGACCGUACCGCACACUUUGAAGAGGUUAAACUAUACGCAUUAGUGAUAAGUUUAUUGGAGGAUUUCCUGAUGGCCAACGACUGA